AUGGCUACUCCUGCUUGUUAUGAACCAGAAACUACUAUCUAUAAGACUAUUCCCCCGAAUCAUAACUCCCCCCUCUUAACCAAUCCUGCCACACAACCUUCAUCCCUUCCCCUCAAAGCCACCACUCUCGACACCACUGCCGCUUCUACCUCGGCCACCCCUCCUGUCCCUCACCCUUCAUUGCCGUUAUCUCUCAACCCGCCAGUCGUCUCUCAAAAUUUUCCCCCUCCCUACCAUUCGUCUACUUACCCUCAACCAGUUCCCACCUUAGCUGAACAACUCCGAGUGAAAGGUGACAAGUCCCUUUCAAGACUAGCGCCAGCCAUGACUUCUGAGACAGGAAGACCUCGUGUUCUCAUACCUGACUCGGUUUUUCAGAAGGGGGCAGAGCUCCAUAAAGACUUCAUAGUUUGUUAUUUCAAUGGCAGACCUCCCCCAUUCCUUCAAAUCCAGAGUGUCCUUAACCACAUGUGGGGAGAUUCAAUGUUUCAUACCGCGCAAUGGUCUUCCGAGCACUCAUCUGCUACUCCACCGCUUAGCUCCAUAAAGAUUUGGGCUCAUCUUACGGGAGUUCCUCUUGAUCUCCGCUACCAGCAGGGUCUUAGCUUGGUUGCGGGACUAAUUGGUGAACCAAAGGAAACUGAUGACUUCACACUCAACCUAGCCAGUUUAACCUUGUCUCAUGUGAAGGUUGAAGUAGAUCUAACUGAGCCCCUCCCUAGAGUAGUUGAGUUCCAAAGACAAAGUGGCGAAGUUGUGGAAGUACAAGUUGAUUAUCCAUGGCUGUCAUCUACAUGUUCUCACUGCAAGGAGCUGGGUCAUGUGAUGAAAAACUGCUUAAAAAUCCUUCUUCAGAAAUCUUCUCCAACACCCCCGGUCCCUGGUUCAAAAACAAAGAAAACUGUUGAGGGGAUAGUUCCUCAAGAAAAAUCUAAGGGCAAAGUCAAUGAAACUACUCCCCAAAGAAAAACGGGUAAUAGUGCUGUGAAGUCCAAACACUAUGUGAUCAAGAAACCGACUUCCAUCUCUGCCCCUUGUCCUAAACUCAUCCCUCCUGCCUCAAACUCUCACUGUGUCUCUCUUCCGUCCAGUCCUUUGGCCCAAAAAACUCCCUGUAAAGCCCUCCUUUCUACCCCUAAUGCUAACCAGUUAACCACAAAUAGCCUCUCAGAAAAAAUCGAAAAACCUUCACUUAAAAGAUCUCGUUCAUCUCCUACUCUUUCUCCCCCUUCCCAUCCUAAGAUUUCUUUCCAAUCCUCUAACCCCUCCCACACUUCUCUUUUCCCUGAGAUUGAUGAAGAUGGAAGGAUUGUGGUGGUUUGGAAAGACCCGGUUAAAGUCAGUUUGCUAUCUCAAUCAAGGUAA